AUGGCUGCUAAGGAAAGGAAACCAAAUUCUAUUUCACGUGAGCACAAUCUAAAUAAUAACAGAGCUGCAGAAACGGUGGAUAUCAAGAGAAACAGGAACUCUAGUGACCUUACAAAUAUCCAGAAGCGAGAAAGUGAAUAUCCUGGAGUUAGCCUUCAGUUAACAGGAAAAGUGACUGCCGCGCCUCGGAGUCGUCAACACAGUCUUACCAGCAGCAGCUCGAAGCAACUUCACUACACAGGUACAGCCAGAACACAAGUCAAGAUGAAUCCUCUCAUAGCUUCACUGAGUGUGGUCUUCGCUGCAUGCCUAGUAAAUGGCGCACCAACAGGUGACGAAAUCGUUGCAUUCUCUGCGGGCCUGACCAAUACCGUGUCCUUGUCUUCAGGGGAGACAAUUCAGUUUGACAAAGUAUUUUCAAACGUCGGCGGAGGUUAUGACGUGUCAACCGGAGUAUUCACAGCUCCAAAGAAUGGUAUCUAUGCUUUUACCAUCCACGGUUAUGACGCAAACUCGGAUAAGGCAAUGUGGAUCGAACUUAAGAAAAAUGACGACCUCCUGGUGUCCAUUUCCGGUUAUAAUAGCCAUUCCUCUGCAGGAAACUCUGUCAUUACCUAUCUCAGUGGCGGAGAAAACGUGCACGUGCAAGCAAGACCCAAUCAGUCGUUUUCCCUAUUCGGAAGGGUCGAUCAGGUGUAUGCCACCUUCUCUGGGUAUAUGAUUGGACAGAUGGAUCGUUCACAAAGUGAUUCUUUCAAUAUCUUCCAGAACUUCCCCGCGGCUGGGCGAUAA